AUGUCGGCUCCGUCGGAUGUCUUCAAGUCCGUUCUGGGCAAGCAUAGACCGGACCCCAAAACAUACGAGAAGUUGUUCCGCGACUUUCAUCGGCACCCCGAGCUAUCCUUUGCCGAGAAAGAGACAGCUUCUAGAAUCGUUGCCCACCUCAAGACUCUGUCUGGGGAUCUGGACAUUCGCACCGGCAUCGGCGGCACCGGCAUCAUCGCCAUUUGCAAGAACGGAUCCGGGCCAACCGUGCUCUUGCGCGCAGAUAUUGAUGGCUUGCCAAUCGAGGAGAAGACGGGCCUGGACUAUGCGUCCAAGCAUACCAUGCGAGAUGUCGACGCAGAUAACGCUGUCAAACCGGUGAUGCAUGCCUGCGGCCACGACUUUCACAUCACAUGCAAUCUCGGGGCCGCCGAAACGCUCAUCAAGGCGCGCGAUGCGUGGGCCGGGACAGUCAUCUUUCUGUUCCAGCCAGCCGAGGAGCGCGGCCGGGGUGCCCAGGCCAUGGUCGACGACGGCCUCUAUGAUGCCAAAAAGCACGCCUGCCCAAUCCCAGACAUAGUUCUAGGACAGCAUGUGUUUUCCGUCAUCAGGGCAGGGACUGUCAUGACCAAGUCCGGCCCCAUACUCAGCGCCGCCGACAACUGGCGCAUCACGGUGUUUGGCAAGGGCGGGCACGGCAGCAUGCCGCACCUGUGCGUUGAUCCAGUGGUGAUUGCGGCUCACAUCGUGGUGAGGUUCCAGACACUCGUCAGCCGUGAGCUGCCUCCAGACGAAGCCGGCGUCGUGACUGUCGGAAGCCUGAAGGCGGGCGAAACGGUCAACGUCAUAAGCGACCAGGCCAUCAUCCAGGUGAACGUCAGAUCGGUCAGCGAGCAGUACCGCAAGGUCAUGCUGGACGGGAUCAAGCGGAUCGUCCAGGCCGAGUGCGACGCAGGCCGGUCGCCUAAACCGCCCGUCUUCGAGUUCCUGGAUUCUUACCCUCUUACUGUCAACGACAAGGACAUGACUCAGAAGAUUCAGAAGAGCUUCGCGACAUAUUUUGGCGAAAGACAUAUUAUCAGCGACAAGGCGGCGUCUGGCAGCGAAGACUUCCAGAUCCUGGCGUCCUCCGUGGGAAAGCCUUCUGUGUUCUGGGGUUGGGGAGGAGCUGAGGCUAGCGUCUACGACAAGCACGAGAAAGAAGGAACGUUGAAUGACAUCGCUGUCAAUCAUUCGGCGUAUUUCGCGCCGGCCAUUCACCCGACGUUGGAGACGGGGAUUGAAGCAAUGACAGUGGCGGCGCUGACCUUUGUGGGAAAGGAUGGUAAUUGA